UAACCCCCACCUCCUCUAAGCUUCCGACGCCGUAAAUGAAUGGCGCCUACUUGAAUCCAAGUACUAUUGAGCUUUUAACCAAGUGAAAAUUUUUAAUUUUUUUAAAAUUUAGAUAAACAGACUGAUAAAUAUUACCUAAAUAUAAUUCAAAGCAUGACCCGAAAUUCAAACCGUCUUGACUUGAAGAAAAUUAGUUCCGAGCUUAUGAGUCUCACAUAUGGAUCUAUGGUAUCAAAGAUUUUGCGAGACUAUGAUAACACUGAUGAAGUUAAUAAACAACUCGAACGAAUUGGGUACAAUAUGGGAAUUCGUCUAAUUGAAGAUUUUCUUUCGCGCACUAUGUCCUCACGUUGCUUGGAUAUUCGUGAGACUGCAGAAAAAAUUCAACUUGCAUUCCGAAUGUACCUAUCGAUUCAACCAUCUCUUUUGAAUUGGGCAUCUACUGGUGAUGAAUUUUCUCUUAUGUUUGAACAGAAUCCACUGGCAGAAUUCGUUGAGUUACCGCAAGAUUUAACAAAUUUAAAGUAUUCUAAUGUAAUAUGCGGAUGUAUUAGAGGCGCUCUGGAAAUGGUUCAAUUAGAUGUUCAGUGUUGGUUUGUACAAGAUCAAUUAAAAGGUGACAGUAUAACUGAACUAAGGGUAAAGUGUUUGAGAAGGUUGGAAGAUCAAGUGCCAGCCGGAGAAGAUUGAGUAAAAAUAUCAAUUUAAGUUCAUGAUGAAACCGAUGUGCGCAAUACAUUUUGAACUUGAUUUAAAUAAAUUAGAUAAACUAAAAUA